AAAAUUCAGUCAGCCUACAGCAGCAGUUUACGCAGUUUACGGGUUUCCCAAGCGCUUUCGCUCUUUAGUCACGAUAAUAUUGCACCAAAAAUCUAACCGAAAGUCAUGAUAAGUUUAUAACUUGCUGCUCAAACGAAUCCAAUCCGGGCAAAAUGUUGACCUCAAAGAUAAGUAAAGUGGGUAAGGUGGUAAUUUGCGGCGCCAAGGGCGUCGGAAAGACCGCCAUUCUGGAGCAACUGAUCUACGGCAAUGUUACCAUCGAGUCGGAAAUUCACAGCACAAUUGAGGACACCUAUGUGGCCAGUGUGGAUACCGGAAAGGGCAGCCGAGAUACGCUGCGAAUCUACGACACUGCUGGACUGCAGGGAAGUGUGCAACUGCCGAGACACUACCUAGCUUACCCGGAUGCCUUUAUUCUAGUAUACGACCCAAGUGACCCGUCCAGCUUGGAUAUGCUGGGUGGGAUCAAGGGUGAUAUCGAUAAGUAUAAGGAUAAGAAAGAGAUAUUUAUCAUUGUGAUAGCAAAUAUGCGAUCUCGACAGACUCGAUCGGCUGGAUCGUCGCCGAUCAAUUCCUCCCAGCAGCAGCUUCAUCAUCAGCUGAACAACGAUGCAAUCGAAUCGAACCUGACGCGGGCCAACAAUUGGUGCGCUCGGGAGCGGAUCAAACACUACACUGUCAAUGCAAUGGAACGAGCUUCACUGUACGAACCGUUUGUCCAGCUGGCGAGCCGGCUGUAUCCUCCUCAGACGAAGAGUAGCUUUCCGCAGCUUCGUCAGCUGACGCAGAAAACCUCCAAAGUGGACAACAGUUAGUUUAAUCAAUGGGCCAAGGGGAGGGUAUUUUUGUACUAGGUACCAAAAAUUAUUGCUCGAACCAGAGCCAGAGUUAAGAUUGCUUUGGUUCUGACAUAUUCAAAAAUGAAACGAUUGGAAGGAACUAAAAGUGCUCAACAGUGCUUUUCGAAGAGGUAGUAUCGAAAAAUCAAAUAUGUAUGUGCUGUCCGGUAGUUUUUACUCGGGUUUUCCAAUGAAGUUCUAGAAUUAAUCUUACAGACAUUUAUCCAAAGGUUUAAACGGAAUUCUAUCGGGUAUUUUCCUAGAGAUUUGAAAAGGAAUCCUUAAAACAUUUAAGGUUUUCUUAGAUACUUUUACGAGAUUAUCCAAAAGUAUCUCAAGGAAUUCUUUCAAGUUCCAUCAAGAAGCUCUUCUUAGAAUAACUUGCAAGGAGUUUUUUUUUUCAGUAAUUUACACAGACACUCCUACAAGAGUUUUUCUGUAAAGUCCUAAAGUUCUUCCAAAUGGUUCUCCAGGGGCUGUUCAAAGAUAUACCUGCAUGAUUUUUCCUAGUAGAGUCCCUUCAGGGUAUCGUCCGGACGUUCCAUUUCUUCUAAGAUAUAUCAAAAAGUUCUGUGCCGAUUUCUAGGAAAAUUUAACAAUUUAAUCCAGGAGUUUAUCAGGGAUAUCAGGGAAUGUUUAGAAUUCCUCUAAAAAUCUUGUAGGGAAUCCUCCCAGAGCUUCUAAACAAUUAUCUAAGGUAACCUUCCAAACUUUCUGCAGGAAAAGAAAUCCUUCAUGAAACAUUGUAUGUAUUCAUAACAAGGUGAAGAAGUCCUGAAAGAUUUCACUGUAUUUCCUCAAAUAAUAGAGGAAAUCCUUAAGAACUUGAGGAAUUCGCGAAGGAACUCGGACUGAAUUUUCAGAAUUACACGCUUGGCGGAGUUAUUGAAGGAAUAAUUACUAAAGGAAUUCCAGGCAGUGACGUAGCCAGAAGUUUACUUUGAGAGGGGUUUUCAACGAUCAAAAACUCCUUGAGAAAUUUUUGGAGGUAUUUCUAGAGAAAUUCUGGAAGAAACUCCUCAAGAAACUUUAGCAGCAAUUCCUUGGAGAACUAUCCACAGAAACUCCAGGAGACAUUGACGCAUUAGUUAAUGGAUGAAAUUUAGUAGGUAGUCUUCGGAUAUGUCUUUUCUCACUAAGAAAAUAAAUCAACAGAUUUUUGAAUCAAUAACUUGCAAACAAGUACAUAGUAUUUAAGGUGAAACAUCAAGAAAAUCCUUUGAAAUUUUGCAUACAAACUUUAAAGACACAAAUCUGCCGAAUGAAUCAUCGAAUCAAGCCGUACUUGUUUAUCCCGGCUUUGCUCACUUGCAAAAAGAGGCAGCUUUUCCAAAUCAAGAGCAUUUGUUUACGAUUUUUUAAGAUUGGUGCUCUUGAAAACGUGAGUAGGAGACCAAGUCGGCCAUUAUGGCAGCCAUGUUUGUAUUCUUUGAUGUUUCUCCUUAAACUCUUGUAAAUCUAAAACGAGUCCCACAACUCGAGAAAUUGACUGAAGAGCACCGAUACUACCGAACUUCGAAGCACCGUUGAACUCACUCUUAGUGACUGUACGUUGCAAUUAUUAUCAUUACUAGACUAUCAUUAUUAUUUUUUCCUUUUCUGUUCAGGGAACCCGUUAGACUGCACUCAAUUUUUAGAAUAAUUGAACAAUGUAUAUUUAAGAAGUAAAUGCACCAUUGGUCAUUUUUCGCGCGUUAGGUUUAUUUCUAGCUCUUAAGUAUCGCACCCAGUUCUAUAAAGCGCCUCUGCUUCCUAGUAGUCAUCUAUCGAAACGUGUAUCUCCUGAAAACGUACUUACUAGUGUAAGAAUAUA